GCCUCCUGUUUCAGAGCGGUUUGUGCAAAUCGCUAUAAACUUUUAUCAAUUAAUAAGUUAUUUAAUGCAUCACCGUGUAUACGAAACGUGAAAAGAUAUUCUUCGUCAUUUACUUACUAUCCAGAUGUAUCACCAACAGAGCUUGGCGAAACGACCCGUAUGAAUUUGUUUCAAUCCCUAACCAAUGCUAUGGAUAUUGCCCUGGCAUCAGACCCAUCAGCAGUUGUGUUUGGUGAAGAUGUUUCAUUUGGAGGUGUAUUCAGGUGCACGGUAGGACUGAAGGACAAGUAUGGUGCAGACCGGGUUUUCAAUACUCCUCUUAGUGAACAAGGUAUAGUUGCAUUUGGUAUUGGUAUGGCAGUAGCUGGGUCUACAGCAGUAGCUGAAAUACAGUUUGCAGAUUAUAUAUUCCCUGGGUUUGACCAGAUAGUUAAUGAAGCUGCAAAGUUUCGAUAUCGAUCAGGCAGUUUGUUUGAAUGUGGCGGAUUAACUAUACGAGCCCCUUGUGGUGCAGUGGGCCAUGGUGCAUUAUACCACUCACAAAGUCCAGAGGCUUUCUUUGCACAUGUCCCUGGAUUAAAGGUCGUUAUCCCCAGGGGUCCCAUACAAGCAAAAGGUUUACUUCUCAGCUGUAUUAGAGACAGGAACCCUUGCAUUUUCUUCGAACCAAAAAUUUUAUAUAGAUCUGCGAUUGAGGAAGUGCCAUUAAAGGAUUACACUCUACCCCUAUCUAAGGCUGAAGUAUUAGAUGAAGGAACAAAUGUCACAUUGGUUGGAUGGGGCACCCAGGUGCACAGGUUGCGAGAAGUUGCACAAAUGGCACACGAGAAACUAAAGGUCAAGUGUGAGGUUAUUGAUCUACGGACAGUCCUACCAUGGGAUGUGGACACAGUUGCAGAGUCUGUGUGUAAGACAGGAAGGUGCAUUGUGGCCCACGAAGCCCCAAUUACUCAAGGCUUUGGUGCUGAAGUGGCUGCUACCAUUCAGAAUGAAUGUUUCCUGAAUUUGGAGGCCCCAGUCCUGCGAGUCUGCGGUUACGACACCCCGUUUCCUCACAUCUACGAGCCCUACUACAUGCCAGAUAAAUGGAGAUGUUUCGAAGCAAUCAAGAAAGUGAUUAAUUACUGACAUCUUCAAUCACAGCUUCAAUCACAGGUGCUGGUAUCUCGCUGUCCACUGGUGGACAGACUUCAACUGAUGUGGAAAGUAAGGGAGCAUUUUGUGACAGAGAAAUGGCGUGAAAUUCAAGAGAUUCAGCUGAUGUAAAAAAAUUUGAUCAGUCUGUGGUGUGGAGUUAGCCAUCUUUUUUUUAAACAAUAAUAUGAAACAUAAGCAUAAGAUAAUCAAGAUAUUGUAUCUGAUUAUUAAAUAAUGAUGUGGCAAGGGAGGGAAUCAGGUAAUGCUUGCAGGGGUUGUCAAUGACCUGGGUGCAAUCAUGUGAAAUAUUUCAGCAUUUUUGCAUAUGUACUGUUGCGAGUAUUUAUGUGUAAAUCUGUAUGUAUAAUUUCCAAGUGUAUAAAAGGCAUAAGGACAAAUCAUUCGUAGGAAGUACUCUGUGAAAUUGAAUUAAACUGUCUGACAUCAGGUCCACUAAGAUCAUUAUGAUUUAUACAACCAAUGAAUUUUUUUUUCAUUUGGGAUGGGUAUGAAUUAGUCAGAUCAGACACAAAUUUGCUUCAUUUUAAUUUUUAAAAAAUAGCUGUUUGCUUGAUAUUUGGUUGCCUGCUGAGGAUAUUAAAUCCCCAGAGAGGAAAAGUGAAGGGCAAAUAGGUGGGAUUAGAAGUAAACAUGUGAGGAAGUGGCACAAUUCCAGUUUCUGUGGGAGAACAUGACAGAGGACAGACAAUCAGGGAGGACACCUGUGCUGUGCUGAAGAAUCCACGAGUCAGUUUUAUUGCCUAGAUAAAGAAGGAACAGUGCAUGUUCAAAGCCAUGCUUAUAUUUCAUCUGGCCAUGUGAUUGCAACCUUAUAGAAAUCUCAAUUGGUAAAAUGAAGAAGUCUCCCUCCCUUAAUGUUACCAUAAAAAUGCAGUCACUAUGCCUAUUCUUGUCUAUGCAUUAUAUGCUUGUUUCAUUUACACUCAAUUUGGAAACCAAUAAAAGAUUGAGUACAUGGUGCAUAAUAAUGAUUUGCUCAAUUUUAGAGGGUCAAGGGUUCACAUUCUGGUCAACUCAUACAAAACACUUUUGAAAUAUGCCUUGAUGGCUUUCUUCUUGUAACUCAGGUGCAGCAAGUGGCAUUGAGAUAAAAGUUCAUGUCCCACCUUUAUAGCAUUCGGUGGUUAAUAAUGAAUACAAGGCUAAUGAGAAAAGCCAUUGCAAAAUAAAAAUUAAAAAAAAAAAUUAAAAAAUAAUAAAUAAAUAAAUAAUGCUGUGGGUGCAAAUUAAAUGAUUGUAUUGUGAUCAACAGAUUAUAUAUGGAGAAAAAAAAACUGUAAUAGUCGCCCAAGCACAG